GGCAGUGGUUAUAUAACCUGCCCAAAGCCACACGGGCCAGGGCGUGGAGGCGCGGAGCUGUUACACACGCGACUCCCAAACCUGAACUCUUCCAGCUUAUGCCCCGAUGCUGAGAAACACGCUCCUGCCGGAAGAAAGUCAAGUGGAGAGGAGAGAAAAUGCAAUCUUCUCCCAGGAAGCGGCCCGGGCUCGGGGCGGCUAGGCUCUGGGACGUUUCUGCCGCCCGCAGGCUGCGCGUGAUUCAGCCUCAACCCUCCCGCUGAGCCCCCGCCGCCCCGGCAGAUGGGUCGACGCGACUGGCCCGUGUGCGCUUCCGGAAGCGGGCGCCUGGCUGCUCCCCGCGACGCUGAGGGGCUCCGCGCCGGGGACAAGCAGGUGCUCGGAGCGUCGGGGACCGCGCGGGAUCGGGGGCGGGCAGCGACCUCCUUCCCCCCGCGUCCGGGGCGGAGCGGGGCGGGGCCGGGUGACGCGGCCCCGUCGGGAACCGGGAGGCGCGGGGACGCGGGGCCACUCACGCUGCCGGCUCCGGAGGCGGCACGCGGCCAGUGCUGCUCGGCUCCGGGGCUCUUUCCCCCGGGGUCGGGGCCGGGCGCGCGGGAAACGGUUACCGAGCGGACCUGGACGCCCUCUGCCUUCGUCAUUUCCUGCCGGCCGGUCGGUUUCCGGAUGAAACGAAGAGCCAGGUCUUUUUUUUUUUUUUUUUUUUUUUUCCUCCCCCCCCCCCACCUUUCCCCUUUUCAGUUUUUUGAGCCGGAGAGACGCCGCGGCUGCACCGGUGCCGCCCCCGGGCGCGAGGAGACAUCACAGCUUUCCCAGAUCGGGAGGAAAAAUAUGGAAUGUGUUUUACUGCUGACUGAACACAACCAAAUGAACUGUCCUGACAGUAGUUUGAAAACCAGCAGCUAGCAGUUUGUCCAGCCUCUAACACUGUCCAGCACUUUCCAGCACAAACUCACUGUUUACAAGAACUCUUGGCCUUACGAAGUUUAUAACCUCAAGCUUUGUUUAUUUAAAAUCUUCCUGCAAAAGAAAAGUACCUGGCACCCACGUUCCAAAAUGGCCAUGGAUGAAUAUUUGUGGAUGGUCAUUCUGGGUUUCAUCAUAGCUUUCAUCUUGGCCUUUUCUGUUGGUGCAAACGACGUUGCCAACUCCUUUGGUACAGCCGUGGGCUCUGGUGUGGUAACAUUGAGGCAGGCGUGCAUUUUAGCUUCAAUAUUUGAAACUACCGGCUCCGUGUUACUAGGAGCCAAAGUAGGAGAAACGAUUCGCAAAGGUAUCAUUGACGUGAACCUGUACAACGAGACGGUGGAGACGCUCAUGGCUGGGGAAGUGAGUGCCAUGGUUGGUUCUGCUGUGUGGCAACUGAUCGCAUCCUUCCUGAGGCUUCCGAUCUCAGGAACUCACUGCAUUGUGGGUUCUACUAUAGGAUUCUCACUGGUCGCAAUCGGUACCAAAGGUGUGCAGUGGAUGGAGCUCGUCAAGAUUGUUGCUUCUUGGUUUAUAUCUCCACUGUUGUCUGGUUUCAUGUCUGGCCUGCUGUUUGUACUCAUCAGAAUUUUCAUCUUAAAAAAGGAAGACCCUGUUCCCAACGGCCUCCGGGCACUGCCAGUAUUCUAUGCUGCUACCAUAGCAAUCAAUGUCUUUUCCAUCAUGUACACGGGAGCACCAGUGCUCGGCCUGGUUCUCCCCAUGUGGGCCAUAGCCCUGAUUUCCUCUGGUGUCGCUCUCCUGUUCGCCUUUUUUGUGUGGCUCUUCGUGUGUCCGUGGAUGCGGAGGAAAAUAACAGGCAAAUUACAAAAAGAAGGUGCUUUAUCACGCGUAUCUGACGAAAGUCUCAGUAAAGUUCAGGAAGCAGAAUCCCCAGUAUUUAAAGAGCUACCUGGUGCCAAGGCUAAUGAUGACAGCACCAUCCCCCUCACUGGGGCAGCAGGGGAGACGUCAGGGGCCUUGGAAGGCACCUCCACGGGCAGCCACCCUCGGGCUGCAUAUGGAAGGGCCCUGUCCAUGACCCAUGGCUCUGUGAAAUCGCCUGUCUCUAACGGCACCUUCGGCUUCGACGGCCACACCAGGAGCGACGGUCACGUGUACCACACCGUGCACAAAGACUCGGGGCUCUACAAAGACCUGCUGCAUAAAAUCCACAUCGACAGGGGCCCCGAGGAGAAGCCAGCCCAGGAGAGCAGCUACCGGCUGCUGCGCCGGAACAACAGCUACACCUGCUACACGGCGGCCAUCUGCGGGCUGCCAGUGCACACCACCUUCCGAGCCGCGGACUCGUCGGCCCCGGAGGACAGCGAGAAGUUGGUGGGCGACACCGUGUCCUACUCCAAGAAGAGGCUGCGCUACGACAGCUACUCGAGCUACUGCAACGCGGUGGCGGAGGCGGAGAUCGAGGCGGAGGAGGGCGGCGUGGAGAUGAAGCUAGCGUCGGAGCUGGCCGACCCGGACCAGCCACGGGAGGACCCUGCGGAGGAGGAGAAGGAGGAGAAGGACGCGCCCGAGGUGCACCUCCUGUUCCAUUUCCUGCAGGUCCUCACCGCCUGUUUUGGGUCCUUUGCUCACGGCGGCAAUGAUGUGAGUAAUGCCAUCGGUCCCCUGGUAGCCUUGUGGCUGAUUUACAGACAAGGAGGGGUAAUGCAAGAAGCAGCUACGCCCGUCUGGCUGCUGUUUUAUGGAGGAGUUGGAAUCUGCACAGGUCUCUGGGUCUGGGGGAGAAGAGUGAUCCAGACCAUGGGGAAGGACCUCACUCCCAUCACGCCAUCCAGCGGCUUCACGAUCGAGCUGGCCUCCGCCUUCACCGUGGUGAUCGCCUCCAACAUCGGGCUUCCGGUCAGCACCACGCACUGCAAGGUGGGUUCGGUGGUGGCGGUGGGCUGGAUCCGCUCCCGCAAGGCUGUGGACUGGCGCCUCUUUCGGAACAUCUUCGUGGCCUGGUUUGUGACUGUCCCUGUGGCCGGGUUGUUCAGUGCUGCUGUCAUGGCUCUUCUCAUGUAUGGGAUCCUUCCAUAUGUGUGAUUUGUCUUCUUCCAGCUGCAAACAGCUAAAGGGAUGGUCUGGUGUGGGCAUGUGGGAGACACACGUGCCCUCUUGCCGCACACACACAUCCUGGCCGUGCAUGGCUCUCUCCUGACCAGCUCUCCACCUCCCUUCCGGGAGGCUCCAUCCCACACUGUUCACCCAGGCUGCGGAGACUCACCUUCCCGAGCUAACUUAACUACUGUACAUAAUAAUAUGUAUUAAACUGGUAUCGUGGUGAUAUAAUGUGGUGCAAUUACUUAUAUAUUAAAUAUCUAUUGUAUCCAUAGAAUAGGUAGCGUUAUUUCAAGAGUGGAGAUCAUUGCCUAGAAGUCAAUAUUCAAUAAAUCUUGUACAUAGCUAUUUCAAUAGCAAAUGUUAAGCCUUUAAAAGGAAAGUGUAGAUUGGAAAAUAAUUUUUUUCCAAAUGAUGUUUUUCCCUUCUAAUAUACUGUAAGGUAACGAGCUUCAGGACAGAUGACACGACCCAUCAGAGGCCACAUGCUGUGGGAUGACAGCAGGACGGGAGGUCACAAGUGCUUUCACUGAAGAUUUGUUCAUAUACUGUGUAUUGAUUCUUGUGUAAUAUAUCAUCAUUGCUUUUGUAAAUACGUAAAACUGUAAUUUUUUAAUGGUGUGCUUCCCUUAUACUUUUUUGAUCAGAGAAUUUUGGAAAGUACCAAAGAAGCAGGGGAAUCGUUGGCCAGUGUUACAUUUUCACGUUGUCUGUCUCACCCUCACUGAUCAUACCCGCCCCGGAGCAGCGUGUGGCGGCGGCACCGUCACCCAGCAUGCGCCACACCGUGGCUCCCACCAGCAGUGCCGCUGCCGCCACCACCACACACCAGAUCCCGCCCACCCUGCAGUGGCCUUUCCUUGUCAUCAGAGUAGAGAAUGCACAGGUGUCAGUGAGGGCGUGCGGCUGAGCACUACAUGUCAAGUCCAGUGUCAGUUUCCAUCCCAGUUCUCCUUGCAGCCCGAAGAACGGAUCCUCGUCUCAAAUGUCAGUGCAAAGGAGGCUUUUUCAGUGCAUUGACAUUCUAGCAGUUCAGGGACAGGAGGGAGGGGGAAUGUUGGACACUGAUGGAACAUUUCUCUGAGGCCCACGCAAAGCUGGACACCAGGCUCUACUCUAGCCCAUUGGAGUCUUCUUUUUUGAUAGCGGGAGGGAGGAGGUGCGACUAAUGUUGGAGCCUGAAACUAUGGAAAUGCUGCUAAAAUUUUUAUAUUGACAAACAUUUUCUUGGUACUUCAUUGUGAUUUUUCAUUAAUCAACCAUAUUAAAUUUAUAAUAAAAAAUGCCCCUCAGAA